AUGGCUGCCAACCGAUCAAACCAAGUUCAGAACAACGGAGAGGAUAGUCCUACAGAUACCACAAACCCUGCAUUUCCUGAUGAUUCUCCGACCAUUCCACCUGAUAAUAAUGUCUCAGAAGAUCCUCUUCUAUCCAUUUCUCCUAAUAAUACAGGCCCUUCUUCAACAUAUUCUAAUGACAUUCAUCUAUUUUAUGUUAUCAAUUAUAAAGUAACCUCACCUACAACCACACCACCAUCUCACACUAAUACAUAUAAUUCAUCAUCUCCUGCAAACCGAGUUGUGAAUUCUCAACAAACAUCAUCGUCAAAUCAACCUAACCAACGCGGACCUACGCCGGCUGGCAGCCAAUCACCAAACUUAACUGUGUCAACAAUAACAAGAAGACAUUAUCAUACCCAUCAUCACGGAGACAGAAGAAGGAAUCCUCAAAGUGAACCUCAUAUACCUCAAGCACCACCAGUUCCUCCUGCACCUGCUCCAUCAAUGUACUGGUCAAAAAUUAGGACUCAUGGCAAGAUUCCCAAAGCUCUUAGAGCGCAUACAGUAAAUUUAGUGGGUGAAUUAAUGACUAUUGGUGAUCCUCCACCGGCAUGUCGUGCUCACUCUUCCACCCUUGUAGAUAAAAGAUUGUUUAUAUUCGGAGGAGGAGACGGACCUGAAUAUUUCAAUGACCUAUAUGUUUUCGAUACUGAUACGCUCACUUGGACAAAACCGAAAACAACGGGUAAUAUUCCGUCAAGACGCCGUGCACAUACCACCGCCUACUAUAACAAUUGUAUCUAUGUUUUUGGUGGUGGUGAUGGAGUUCGUGCCCUCAACGAUGUUUAUAAAUUAAAUAUAUCUGAUAUGAACAAUUUAGUUUGGGAAAAGUUAGAGACAACUGGCAGACCACCAAUUUCUAGAGGUUAUCACACCAGUAAUCUGGUAGGAAAUAAGCUCGUGGUUUAUGGUGGUAGCGAUGGGCAUGAAUGUUUCGACGAUGUUUUUAUGCUGGAUUUAGGCAAGUGGAAAAGAGAGAAACAAUUGGAUCAAAGUCAAUAUAGCAAAUUCUCGCCAACGGCUUUCGCAUACCGCGACACAAUUACUAUGCAAUGGGAGGUCCGCAAAGUGUAUGGCACACCACCAUCAGGGAGGGGGUAUCAUACGACGGUACUUUAUGAUUCUCGACUUUUCGUUUUCGGGGGAUAUGAUGGUCACAGUGUCUUCGACGAUGUUUAUGUUUUGGAUUUAUCUGCUUGUGCUUAUUUGCCACAGAUAACAAAUUUUCAACUCCCUGAGUUUUGA